UCUUUUUCCUCUAAAAUUGGCUCCCGUACAAACUGCCGCGUUGGAUCCCUCGGCUUACUGCGAGACUCCGGUAUACAAUCCGGAUCUCUGCCCCAAUAUGAUCGCGGCACAGGCCAAGCUGGUGUAUCAUCUCAACAAAUAUUACAAUGAAAAAUGCCAGUCUCGGAAAGCUGCCAUUUCCAAGACCAUCCGCGAAGUGUGCAAAGUGGUAUCGGACGUCCUAAAAGAGGUCGAGGUUCAAGAGCCGCGGUUUAUAAGCUCUCUCAACGAGAUGGACAACCGCUAUGAAGGUCUAGAGGUUAUCUCGCCGACUGAAUUUGAGGUGGUCCUCUAUCUCAACCAGAUGGGGGUCUUCAACUUUGUGGACGACGGUUCUCUGCCGGGAUGCGCCGUCUUGAAGCUGAGCGACGGCCGCAAAAGGAGCAUGUCUCUGUGGGUCGAGUUCAUCACCGCUUCGGGCUAUCUUUCGGCUCGAAAGAUCAGGUCCCGGUUUCAGACUCUGGUGGCACAGGCUGUGGAUAAGUGCAGCUACAGAGACGUGGUAAAGAUGGUCGCGGACACCAGCGAAGUGAAGCUGCGCAUCCGUGACAGAUACGUGGUACAAAUCACUCCGGCUUUCAAAUGUACAGGAAUAUGGCCGAGGAGUGCAGCCCACUGGCCACUGCCCCACAUCCCCUGGCCUGGGCCCAACAGGGUGGCAGAGGUGAAGGCCGAGGGCUUUAAUCUCUUAUCCAAGGAGUGCUACUCAUUGAAUGGGAAGCAGAGCUCGGCGGAGAGCGACGCCUGGGUCUUACAAUUCGCAGAAGCCGAAAACAGGCUCCUGAUGGGUGGCUGCAGGAAGAAAUGUCUCUCGGUUCUCAAGACUUUGCGCGACCGUCACCUUGAACUGCCAGGACAGCCCCUCAAUAACUACCACAUGAAAACUUUGGUCUCUUACGAGUGUGAAAAACACCCACGAGAGUCGGACUGGGACGAGUCCUGUCUGGGGGAUCGGCUCAAUGGCAUUUUGUUGCAGCUGAUCUCCUGUUUGCAGUGCAGAAGGUGUCCACAUUAUUUUUUGCCUAAUCUAGAUCUCUUUCAGGGAAAGCCCCAUUCCGCUCUUGAAAACGCGGCCAAACAGACUUGGAGAUUAGCGAGAGAAAUCCUCACUAACCCUAAAAGCCUGGAAAAACUUUGAGCAAGCAGACAAAGGCCUGCGUGAAGAAAGGACUCCUCGGACGAAAUUUUAGUCCCGGCAGUUUCAUGUGAACAAUGUGCAUUUGAAGGAAAGCACUUCCACGUAAGAAGUGGAUUUAUUUUUCAUGUCCGGAAGACGAUGCCAGUUCAGGCGUUUAAAACAAAGGUUACUGCUAAAUAUAUUAUAAUUUUGUGUCAAAAAAAGAAAAAAAAAACAUAACUAAAAGCAUAUGGGUUACAUUUUGCCUUUAAUUUAAUUUAUGUUCACUUCUUUAUUGGUUUAUUUGAAUUAAAGUGCCCAUGGAAAAAUAUAUAUAAAUCAAACUUAGUUUAUUUUUUUAAUGUUAACAUGUUUCCUUUUUAAUAUGAGCCCUGCACAGAAACUAGAUUGUACAUUUUUAUACUGUAAAUAUCGAUUGUGGUUGCGGUGUUCUGCUGUUGUGAACGUUGAUGUUUUGUGACUCGUGCAUAUAGAAGUAUUACUCAGUUUCCUUAAAGACACUACGGGCUCUUCUACUAGAAUGAGAAACUAUUCACAGUACAGGUAGAAUUCACCCUUUUGCUUUAAACUAAAAAAAGUGGUUCAUUUUGAACAAAGUUUACAUUCUGAUGUACUGUUUGUUCCGUUUUUAUAACAUUCCAUAACUAUACUUGAAUGGUUAUUUAAAUAUAUGCGAUCUUUUUGUUAUUGAUUCUGCCUACACAAUAACAUUUGGAUAUUAAAGUAUAUUUGAAAAUGCACUUAAAAUACACUGGAAUAUAAUAUUUGUGAUUUCAGAUUUUUUUUUUCCCUUAAAAUUCUGUCUCUGGUUUUAUUUAAAGAGCUAAUAAAAAUUAUGAAGAAUAUGCAGUGUCCCAAUAAUGAUUUACCAUUAGCAAAACACAAGGGCAGCUGUGUCUGGGUCGCAUUUU